AUGCGCGCGGCGCGCAGCGGCGUGCAUGGGCGAGCGGCGCCAGAACGAAAGCGGCGGCUGCAGUUGGUGCGCGCGGGGGAGGAGCGGUGUGCGCGGCGGCGGCGCAGAGAAGCGCGCGGCGCAAGCGCGCUGAAGCAGGCGUCAGCGGGCGUGCGUGCGGCAGAAGCACGCGCAAGAGAGCAGAGGAGCAGUAGCGGCGGGUUGGGCAGCAGUUUGGUUGCAAACAGCACGGCGUCCAAGGUUUCCUUCCAGGAUUCGACCACGUCGAGUGCUCGGCGUGGGGCGGCGGAGGCCACAGAUAGUGAUGCGGCUACGCUUUUGGCGAGGCGAGCCGGAAGGAGAAGUGGCGAAGCGAAGGUGGUGGUUAUAGCGCGGCGAAUUCGGAAGGAGCAGCUGCGCGGGUGUGCCGGCCGUGUUUCAGCGGCACACGUGCGUGAGCAGAGAAGGCUUAGCCGUGAGCAGGAAAACCCUGAGGUUCGCAAAGGAGUCGGCAUAGCGAACCAAUCCUGCCCUGUCGGCUUCUUCCAUGAGUCUACGACAUCCAGCAGCUCUUACCCUUCAUCGAUCGUCCGAGCAAGACCACAACACCUCAAGAAAACUUCUGAACCCCCAUCGAGUUUUUUCAGAUCCCUUCGCCACAACAUCAUCGCCGUGGCAAAGUCGACUAUCGUCGCCACGGAUCACCGUGAGGAAUACCCCUCCGGUCAUUCUUCACCCACUACAAUCCCCUGGCAAGUUUCUUCGUCACCCACGAAAUCUCGUCACCGUCAAGUACUUCUCAUCGUCGAUUCUGUUCAUCGCGGGAAUUCAUUUUCCACCCAUUCUCCUUCACAACUAAGGUUAACCCAAGAUACGACUACUUCCGCAAACAGUACCUACAAGAUCUCUCAGGAGUCUGCAGAAGAUAUUCCUAAAGACCAAGUGAAUGUCACCAAGGGAUUAUCUGAAGCCCCGAACCAAAGUUCGGAAGUUACAGUACUAACAUCCCUGACUUCAGCCCCACCAGUAAAGGUAAUGUCUUGAAGACCCUACUCUUCCCUU